AUGGCAUCAAAAUCAUCAAAAGAAACAAGAGGUUCCCAUGUUGAUGCAAUCAGAGAAGAAUUAGAACAAGGCAAGGGACGUGAUAAUUUGAUCGGUAAAGAAUUUAUUAAAAAUAAUAACAGAAAUUAUUUGGAAUCUGGGUUAAAAACAAAUAUUAGACCCUUGACAGAAAGUGAUGAUUAUGAAAUUUAUUUUAGCGGCAAAUCAACGAAUGGCGCAUUAUUGACAGGAUCAACGGAACCAAAGCAAUUGGAUGGGUUUGAAAAGUUUACAAAAUAUGAUAGUGAUAAUGCAAAGAAAUUAUCAAUCCCGAAAGAUCAAGCUUUGAAAUUUAUUGAUAUUGGACUACAAUUUACAGUGAUAAUGACAACUAGGAAUGAAGCUUUUUUAUAUGGAGACUUUGUAUAUGGAUCAAGUUCGGCUUCUAUUAAUCCUCUUGGAAGGCAAUUAUCAAUUCUAAUGACGCUCACACCAGAAGUUAAACUUAAUUAUUUCCCUGAUGAACCUGUUGCCAUGUUGUGUGGAGAACAAUUUGUUGCAGUAUUGGAUAGCUGUAAUAGAUUGUGGUAUUGUGGUAUUGAAAAGUUUGGAACUGCUAAUAGUAGUUGUACUUAUGAUUUUGUGGAAAUUGGAUUGAAAAAAUAUUUGGAGACUGAAUUUGUUGAUGAACCUACACAUAUCACUCACUUUAGAGUUGGAGGAAGACACUUGUGUUUUUGUAUUAAUAAUAGGACUAUUAUUUCAACAGGUGCAAACUAUUAUGGACAGUUGGGAAUUAUAAACACACCAGAUUUGACACCACCAGUUCCCCCAAGUACUGUACUGACUGUUGCUAGUACACUUUCUCGCUAUACAUUCGUUAAAACUUGGAAUGCAGAUGGAAAGUAUAGAGUAAGAGACGUUGCUUGUUCUGGAAAUAUGACAGCUAUUCUAACAGGUAAGCUCUAA